UCUGUUUUGGGUUCCAAAUGCAUAAAAUGGGGUUGAAGAAGCUAAAAGUUUGCACCUUUUGCUCACUUUCAAUCUGGGUAUUUGUGCUUUUGAGUUUCUUGUUAAACACGGCACAAUGUCAAGAUGUCAACGAUUAUGAUCAAGUGGAAAACCCUGAUGUUCUUCCCAUUGUUAUAUCCAUUGUUAAUAACAGGCUUUCUCCUCUCACCAAUCUUCUCAGCAAGGAUAUUAGUGAACGAGCAGGUUUCUGCAUAAAGGAUCAGAAAACUGAGUGGAACAAAGCUUUUAAUUUUGAAUCAAAUUUGGAUUUCUUGGCUUCAUGUAUUCUUCAAACACGAGGGAGUAUUAUGAGGCGUGUUUGCACGGCAGCGGAGGCGAAAUUCUACAUCGAUAUGUUUUUCAGAAAUGCCAGUUCUUUGAGGCCUAACAGGAACUGUAAUUUAACCUCAUGGGUUGCCGGUUGUGAGCCGGGAUGGGCUUGUAGUGUCGGUCAGAAUGAGACGGUCGACAUUGAGAAUUCUAAGGUCAUUCCUUCUAGGACUACUGAUUGUCAACCAUGUUGUGCAGGGUUUUUCUGCCCUCGUAGUCUUACGUGCAUGAUCCCUUGUCCGUUGGGUUCCCAUUGUCCGCAAGCAACACUGAAUACCAAUACAAGCCUAUGUGAACCAUAUAAUUACCAGCUGCCUCCGGGAAAGCCGAACCAUACGUGUGGAGGAGCCAAUAUAUGGGCAGAUAUUGGUACCAGUAGGGAGGUGUUCUGUUCAGCGGGGUCGUAUUGUCCAUCGACGGUACAGGAAAAACCUUGCAGUAGUGGACAUUACUGCAGGACGGGUUCAACAUCUGAGAAGCGCUGCUUCAAGUUGACUUCUUGUGAUUCACACACAUCAAUUCAAGAUCUGCAUGCCUAUGGAGUUAUGCUUAUAGCUGCUAUUUUUACUUUGCUCUUGACUAUCUACAACUGUUCCGACCAAGUUCUGAAUACGAGGGAAAGACGACUAGCCAAAACCCGAGAAGCAGCUGCAAGAAGUGCAAGGGAGACGGCGAAAGCACCGGAGAGGUGGAAAGCUGAUAAGAAUGCUGCUACAAAGCGUACAAGUGGACUACAAACUCGUACUUCACAGAGAAUUUCUUUUAAAAAAGCCACAAAGGAACCCGACGAGGAACUUAAAAUAUUUGAUCAAACGUUUGAAACGGAUGAACACUUGUAUACUCCCGUAUAUAUGAGUACAUCAAGCGAGUCUCUAUCGUCGUCUGCACCAUCCAAGGUACAACCAAUAGAACCAAACAAUCCAAUCCAGGUGAUGCUUGAAAUUGAAGACACCCCUGAGAAUUAUGUUGAAUUUGAAGUCAGUAGCCAUGAUAGAAAAUCUAAAGGUCAAACUACGAAGGGAAAACGGCCUCGUACGCACAGCCAGAUUUUUAAGUAUGCAUAUGCUCAAAUCGAGAAAGAGAAAGCUCAGCAACAAGACGAUGAGAAUCUUACGUUCUCGGGAGUGGUUUCUGUGGCUUACGACCCUGAAAUGAGGAAAAGGCCUCUGAUUGAGGUAUCUUUCAAAGACCUUACGCUCACUUUGAAAGGAAAAGAUAAGCAUCUUUUGAGGUAUGUUACCGGAAAAAUUAGGCCUGGUCGCAUCACUGCUGUCAUGGGACCUUCCGGUGCUGGAAAAACGACAUUUAUUUCUGCACUGGCUGGGAAGGCUAUGGGUUGCAAGGUGACUGGUUUGGUUCUUAUAAAUGGAAAGAACGAAUCAAUCCGCUCGUAUAGGAAAAUAAUCGGUUAUGUGCCACAAGAUGACAUUGUGCAUGGGAACUUGACAGUGGAAGAGAAUCUAUGGUUCAAUGCAAAGUGCAGACUGCCUGCGUGUUUAACGAAACCGGAUAAAGUUCUUGUCGUUGAAAGAGUUAUAGAGUCUUUGGGGCUUCAGUCGGUGCGUGAUUCCUUAGUGGGGACUGUAGAGAAGCGAGGCAUCUCAGGAGGCCAGAGGAAGCGAGUAAACGUCGGAUUGGAAAUGGUCAUGGAACCUUCACUUUUGAUCUUGGAUGAACCGACAUCUGGUUUGGACAGUGCAUCCUCUCUGCAGCUUCUUCGAGCACUUCGACAUGAAGCUCUAGAAGGAGUAAACAUCUGCAUGGUGCUUCAUCAACCGAGCUACUCCUUGUUCCAAAUGUUUGAUGAUCUAGUCCUGUUGGCGAAAGGGGGAUUCACUGUCUACCAUGGUUCAGCGGAAAAAGCAGAACAGUACUUUGCAGACCUCGGGAUCCAUGUCCCAGAUCGCGUUAACCCUCCGGACCACUUUAUCGACAUUUUAGAGGGUAUAGUAACACCAAGUCGAAGCUCGGGUGUGAACUAUAAAGAGCUUCCUGUUAGGUGGAUGCUUCACAAUGGCUACCCAGUGCCCCCGGAGCUGCAGCAAACUGCUGCUCGGAUUGCUACACCAUCAGUGAGUCCAGCUCCUGCAAAUGGGACAAGUCCUCCUCAUGCUGGAAUAGAUGAAAGAUCUUUUGCUGGAGACUUAUGGCAAGAUGUCAGUUGUAACGUUACGAUACACCGGGAUAGCAUACGUCACAAUCUCUUAAAGUUUAAGGACUUAUCGAGGCGGAGAACUCCGAGUGUACUCUGGCAAUACAGAUACUUUCUUGGGAGGGUUGCUAAGCAGCGAAUGAGGGAAGCCAAAGUACAAGCAACCGAUUAUCUGAUCUUACUGCUUGCUGGAGCCUGCUUAGGAACAAUAGCUAAAUCGGGCGAAGAAAACUUCGGGGCCAUCGGUUAUACUUAUACCAUAAUUGCAGUCUCCCUUCUAUGCAAAAUAGCCGCUUUGAGAUCAUUUUCGGUCGAUAAAUUACAGUACUGGAGAGAGAGUGCAUCUGGCAUGAGCAGCUUGGCUUACUUUUUGGCCAAAGACACAGUCGACCAUUUUAAUACCGUGAUCAAGCCCGCGGUGUAUCUCUCUAUGUUCUUUUUCUUCACAAAUCCAAGAUCUUCGUUUUCGGAAAAUUAUACCGUCUUGUUGUGCCUAGUUUACUGUGUAACCGGUAUAGGCUAUGCAUUUGCCAUCUUCUUUCAACCUGGUCCUGCCCAACUGUGGUCGGUUCUUGUUCCGGUUGUUUCAACUCUCGUAGCCAUUAGGACACAAGAUAAUGAAGUUUUGAAAAAGAUGUCUAUUUUUUGCUAUCCCAAGUGGGCUUUGGAAGCUUUCGUGAUAUCGAACGCCGAAAGGUACUACGGCGUGUGGUUAAUUACUCGAUGCGGAGCUCUUCUGAAAAGUGGUUACAGCCUACAUGAUUGGACUCUUUGUAUAGCCAUUCUCGUUCUCACCGGCGUAAUCAGCCGAGCAAUUGCAUAUCUUGGUAUGAUCACAUUCCAGAAGUGAAAUACGUGUCCAUGGGACCAUCAACACUCAGAAACACAGACAUCGCCGGGGAGAUGAUCGCAACCUAUCGGAAAAUGGUGCUGUAUAUUUUCUUGUACAUCUCGGAUGAAUUAGGUUAUAGUUAUACUACCUUAUCUCCCAUUUCAUUUGUACAUUAGGGAGUGAGGUUUCUUUGGUUAGUUAUAUUUGAUAAUCCAUUUCCAGGGCAAUAUAAUAACUGUAAAACGAUUUGUUAUUCUAUUUAGUCCUUUUUAUUUCAUGUCGUCGGAUAUUUCGUUCGUACA